GGGUGGGAUCUUUGUGAGGAUGUGGUGCCCUCCAGUGGCGGAUUUGUGAGGUGCACCUCCGCCUCUUCCUUGGAUGACGUCUGUCAGGCAAACAACAAACCCUCCAGUCUUACAUGCUUCCUCAUAGAGCCCAACUCCAACCCAGCUCCACAACCGAAGACAGAGUCGUGCAGCAGUGAGUGAUGAAAAACAGAGACGCUCAUUAUUAUAUUCAGCAAAAUGAACUGUUGCUUCUGCUGCUGUAACCAUGUCUGUCUUUGCCUCAGGGGACUGUGACUGCACUGCUUUCUGUAAUUCUACAAGUCAGCUUUUUGCCCUGAAAAUCAAUAUUAGCAGUGCUUCUGUUAACAUUACCCUCCUUAAAACAUUGCUGUCACAAGUUAGUGUUGUCAACACAUGUGACGCAAUGCCAGGGUUGUACAGCUGCAUGGUGAUACUAGAGAUGUCUGGACCUGUCGAUAGUUGUUCCCUGAAUAAACUCCUGCAACAACUCAUUGACAGCAGUGCUGGCAUAACAAACAUAUGGCGACUUGCACGCAUGGUGGUUUGUGGUCCUCCUGGUUUGCCUGUCCGUUACUUUAACCUGACCUGGGUUGCCAAAGGCCUGGUGAUGUCUGAUGUGUGUCAACCUAAACCCACUCUGUUUGAAUGUGGGAAAAAAGAGAUGCUUGCUGUUCUUCUGACUGAUAACUGCCCUCCCACUUCCCCUCAAAGCACGACGCAGACCAAGACCAACGUCACUGCAUCUCCCGAAAACUCGUCUACAAAGCUACAAAACACAACCCCAGCACACCAAAACACACCAGAAUUAUCCUCUGUCAACUCAACACAACAAACUACUACAGCUGCUCUUAUUGAUUCAACAUCUAACACAGCUACACUGUCUCCCAAUUAUACAACAGUGUACAAUGUAACAACAGUGGACAACAAAAAGUAUAGUACUAUUACAACGAGUAACACAACAAUUAACACGUUCACACCGUCUCCCAAACACACAGCAGAAGACAAAAUAACCACAGUAACACCUCCACCCAAUGGCACAACACAGUAUAGUGUAACAACAGCCAGCAGCCACGGAAAACAACACAACAGUACAAUUACAGCAACCAACACAACAUUUAGCACUUUUACACCAUCUCUGAAUCACACAGUGGUGAACAAUGUAACUACAGUUACAUCUGGCCCUGACAGAGCAGAGUACAGUGUAAAAUCAUUUACAACUGCUCCCAAUCACACCAAUCCGAACAGCGUAAGUACAGCCACCAAUAAUCACACAACAGCCUUUAACAAUUAUACAUCACAUUAUAAUUUAACUACAGUUACACCCUCUUCCAAUGAUGCGACAGAUUACAAUGUAACAACAGUCAAGAUAUUUACAACUUCUCCCAAUCGCACCAUGGCGAACAGGGUAACUACAGCCACCGACACUUAUGCAACAGCCUCAAACAAUUACACAGAAGAGUACAACAAAAGUACAGUGGGCAGCAACAGGAACCUACACAACAGUACAAUUAACACAACAAUAAAAACAUUUACACAAUCUCCUAAUCACACAGUAGUGGACAAUGUAACUAUAACUGCUAUUAAUUACACAACAGCCUCAAACAGUGACACCACAGAGUACAAUGCAACAGCAGUCGAAGCGCUUACAAUUUCCUCCAAUCACACAAUAGUGUACAACGUAACUGCAGCUAGCAAGAAUUACACAACGGCCUUAAACAAUGACACCGCAGAGUACAGCAUAACUACAGCAGACAACAACAGGAAGCACCACAACAGUUCUGUCACAACUAAUAUGACUGUAAGCACGGCAGUGUACAGUGUAGCUACAACAACUAACAAUUACACAACAGCCUCAGACAAUGACACAACAGUGCACACCGUCACUACAUCUUUCAACAACGAUAAUUUACACAAUAGUACGAUUAAUGCAACAACAAGCACAUUUACCUCUUCUUCUACCUCUAAUUACACUGUGGUGCACACUGUAACUACAGUCUCUGACAAUUACACAGCAGCCGAGAGCAUUACCACCAUUACUGGCUCUCAAAACAAAACUGCCACACACAGUGUAACCACUUCACCCAUCACGGAAACACAGAAGAACUCAACUACUCCUUAUACAACAGUAUCCACAAAAAACUCAACUGUGGACAAGAUGACACCUGUUGUCAAGGACACAGCCAAACCCACUGCAGCUCCACUGAACAACCAGACUGGGAAUCCCACCACAGAGGGAGUGACUCACAACAUUACAGCAGAUAACAAAAAUGAUUCCAACUCCACCGUAACUGCCACUGGCAUUAGUCCCAUUAUAAACAGCAAUGAAACUGCAGGAAUUAGCUUAAACCUGAGCUCAAUUGCAAGCAGUUUAACCCCUGACUUCAUCCCGACAACCAAAGGACCAGGAGUCAAUUUAACAACUACAUUCCCUAAUCAUUCUGCUGAAUAUAUAGCUGUAACUUCAACCACGAAUGGCCCACUUUCAGUCCAGAUUAACACCACUACAGCGGAGGUUUCUUUGACCUCUACAGUGACUCUUCAAGCCACCACUCUUGCCAGCACAAGCACAGUAAAAUUUGGAAUUGGCACAACAUCCACAAGCACAGCGGAAACUACUAAAACUCAAGAGGUCCAGGAAGAACAAGCAAACGAGCUGCUGGAUCAAACACUGGAUGCUUCUCAGCUCAACUUUUCUCAGGUGGCACAGUUGGCAGGACAGUUGGAAAAGCUUCUGGAUGGACCCACUGUCUCUCAGGCAGUGGGACAAAAGGCCAUCAACAUAAUCAGCAACCUGAUGGAGGGUGACUCGCUGGCCCUCUCUGCAUCUGCUAACAGGCUCAUUCGAGUGGUAGAUGAUCUGGGUUUGAAGCUGAUUGUUGUUGGUGACAGCGAGAUUGUUUCUUCAAAUUCACUGGUUCUGGCAGUGAGGACAGUCAAUGGGACCAACUUUCCAACAAUGUCUGUUGACAUUUUCAACACUGAUAAUGUUCAGCUCCAUGCCCUCAGCAGAUCCAGAUCUAAGAGGUCAGGAUCAGCUCUGGGGUCUGUAUUCUUGCCCUCCUCUCUCACUAUGGGUCUCAGUCCUGAGCAGCUGCAACAAGCCACCAGGGUCCAGUUCACCUUCUAUAGCAAAUCUACCCUCUUUCAGGAUUCUGCUUUAAAUAACCAAACACUUGUCAGUCCAGUCCUUGGCUCCAGUGUGACCAAUCUAUCAAUAAGCAACCUGUCUGAGAACAUUCAAUUCACCAUCCGAAACAUCAACCCCGUACAUACAAACUACACAACCUCCUGUGUAUUUUGGGAUUUCACUCUGAAUGGUGGUGGAGGAGGCUGGAGCUCUGCUGGCUGCUUUCUCGUCAACGCUACACUGGAAGGCACCACCUGCAGCUGCAACCAUCUCACAUCCUUUGCAGUACUGCUGGAUUUGUCCAGAGAGGGAAUAACUGACCGUCAGGAUGCGCAAAUUCUCACUUUCAUCACCUACAUCGGCUGUGGAAUCUCUGCUGUUUUUCUCACUGUCACCUUACUGACUUAUCUUUCAUUUGAAAAACUGCGCCGCGAUAUUCCAGCCAAGAUCCUGGUUCAGCUCUGCGUGUCCCUCCUCCUCCUCAACCUGGUCUUCCUGCUGGACGGUUGGCUGGCGCUCUAUCCAGCGAUCGGACUGUGUAUCAGCACUGCCUUCUUCCUGCACUACUUCCUGCUGACAUCAUUUACCUGGGCGGGGCUUGAGGCCUUGCACAUGUACCUGAGUGUGGUCCAGGUGUUCACGCCUUACCUCAGCAGAUACAUGCUCAAGUUCUCACUGAUAGGCUGGGGCAUUCCUCUUGUUGUGGUGAUAGUUGUCAUAUCAGUGGACAAAGACAAUUAUGGCCUGGUCACAUAUGGAAAAUACAAAGAUGGCACCUCAGAUGACUUCUGUUGGCUGCGUAAUGACAUCGCCUUCUAUGUGGGCGUGGUGGCUUACUACAUCCUGGUCUUUGCUCUGUGUCUGCUGGUCUUCAUCAUGGUUAUGGUUCAGCUGGCCCGGAUCAAGAAGCAGAACCCCCAGAACCAGUCACCUAACAGGGGAGUGUUGACAGACCUGCGCAGCAUCGCUGGACUCAUCAUCCUGCUCGGCCUCACCUGGGGGUUCGCCCUGUUCGCCUGGGGACCCCUCACCUUACCGUUUAUUUACCUUUUCUCUAUAUUCAAUACUUUGCAAGGUUUCCUUGUCUUUGUUUUCCACUGUGCUGUGAAGGAGAAUGUUCGCAGGCAGUGGAGAACUCACCUUUGCUGCGGGAGACUGCGACUGGCUGAAAACUCAGAAUGGAGUCGGACGGCAACCCAGAAUAACAGGAUUAUGUCGGUUGGUCCCACAACCACAUCAGCAACCCACUUGACUUCUCGAAGCUGCUCCGUCAUCAGCGAUGGCACCAGUAGCAGUGACUCCGUGUUUGUGGACAGCGGGAUAUCUGAUGGCUUCAGCGCAGACGUUGUCCUCAACGAGAUUCACAGACAGUAAGGCGAGGUGACUACAAUAAUUAUCUGUUCUGAGAGAGCCAACUGGAGUGGUCGGAGAUUAGUGAUCUCCUGCAGGUUGAGCAACGAGCAGAUGUUCACUUAAAACCCUCAGCGAUGAAGGCUUUAAAGGUGGAAUGAAGGACAGAAGAUGGCAGAGGAGAAGAGAGACUGAAGUACUUUUUAGCAAGGACAAUUAUGAUUAUUGUAUGAAUGCAACAAGUGUGACUUGAAACAUUUUCUGUGUUGAUGGGAGAAAAUGGGAAUAUGUGUACAGCAGGUGUGGUUCUGACUGAACAAAUCAAAAUAUUUCACUGGCUUUCAUAAACAUUAAAUAUGAUGAUUAAAGUUAUCACAUGUUACUGAUGACAUUUAAUUAGUAGCCUAGAACAGACACUGCCAACAUUAUAUAGAUUAUUAAGCUGUUUUUUCACAUUUUAGCAUAUUUCUUUGAUAUUUCCUGUAUGUUUGCAAUGCCCCACUGAACAUUACUUCUAUAUUUUCUGUGCUGAGUCAAUCCAGGAGUUUACACCCCUCAUUUAAGGGGUGUAAAACAGGCUUUCUGGGAGACAAAGUGGAUUGAAGGAAAAGUGCCAAUAAUCAACUGCUCAAUCUUAAAACAAAAACCUGGCAUUAAUUCUUUACAAAUUGAUCUAUCUCAAGAGUGUUUGAGUGUCCACUCCUCCUUGUAAUGUGAGCUUUUACUUUAUUUUGCUGCUGUUCUACAGACUCAGAGUCUUUAGAUUGCUAAUAAACUGCACAGUGGAUCUAAGUGUAAAAGAAGUGAAAUAAGGUCAUGCAGCAUACCGGAGCAUGUAUGGAGACAAAUGGUCCUAAAUGUCCUUGUGCAAGAACAUGUGCAUGAAAGAAGAGGGGACAAUAAAGCUUCA